ACAGUCACCUCGAUCUUGAAGUUGGCGUCUUACGUUUGGAUGAUGGACGUACUACCACUUCGUUACUUUUUACGGUCGAGCAGAAAGGAUGCAGGAGCUGGGCAUGCCGUUUAUCAUUUGUUUAUUGUCACUGAUCGGACGGUUAAUCAGCACCUGGCAAAUACUUCACCAGUUUACUAUUGCAUAUGUUACGUAUAUCCUGAGGCCGAUCAUGGGCAUUGAAUGGUCAUGCAUAUGUUUCACACCUGUGAUUCUGUUACUCACCUUCAUGGGCAUCCUUCGAGCAACAUACAAGAACCACACAACCCGAGGCCUGAAAGGUCAUGUCACAGGUGACAGCAAGUGACAGCACCCUGCCCACUAGGCUCCGCGUGUUGGAGACUAUACUCGUAGGGCUUCGUCUGUGGGUCUCAGUGGAGACCGGCAUCGCUCGGAUAUUUGAAUUCCCACUUCUUCAUCACGGUACGACUCUUA